UAAUAUAAAAUAAAAUGGUGGACGCGCGGAUUUUUUGAAAGGGCUCCAAAGUUUAUCAACACAUAUUACAUGUUUAUAAAUUUGGGACACCUUUGUCUUUUGUGAAUCAACGCCUACAGUGAUUGGGAGCCAUGGACACAGUGGAGACUCGAUUCACCCAUUUGUUGCAGCCUAUCCGGGAGCUCACGAAAAACUGGGACAUUGAUGUGGCCUCGGAGUUGGCAGAUUAUCUAGAGGAGUUGGAUGAGAUGUGAAUCUCGUUCGACGGGGGCAAAACCACUCUUAACUUUGCAGAGGCAGCGCUGCUCAUACAAGGCUCAGCAUGCAUUUACAGCAAGAAGGUGGAGCAUUUGUACAACCUGGUGUACCAAACUCUGGACUACAUCAAUGACAGAAACAAGAAGGGAGCCAUGGACACAGUGGAGACUCGAUUCACCCAUUUGUUGCAGCCUAUCCGGGAGCUCACGAAAAACUGGGACAUUGAUGUGGCCUCGGAGUUGGCAGAUUAUCUAGAGGAGUUGGAUGAGAUGUGAAUCUCGUUCGACGGGGGCAAAACCACUCUUAACUUUGCAGAGGCAGCGCUGCUCAUACAAGGCUCAGCAUGCAUUUACAGCAAGAAGGUGGAGCAUUUGUACAACCUGGUGUACCAAACUCUGGACUACAUCAAUGACAGAAACAAGAAGAAAGAUAAACGAGCAGUGACAUCUGGAGAGGAUGACACGGAUGGGGCCUCCUCCAACAAUGCUAAUGAUGAUGACGGCGGGGUAAGAGUGUGGAGCUGGGGGCGGUGACAGUUGGGCGAGGGAACCCUGGCCAAAGAGAGCCAUAGGUUUGACUCCUUAGACCAGGAUACAACAGAUGUCUCACUGCAGUCAGAGAUGAAGAACGAGGCCAACACAAAUGUGGACGUGGCCCCUCUUCCCCCCGAGUCUCUGAUUCCUCCUGAGGCGUUUGAGAAACAGAAGCUGCUUCUCAUCAGUCUGAAAGGAGAGGUGCUGGGCAGCUGUAAGGACUUCAGGAUGAACACGUUCACUCCGGACACCCUGGGUAUCAUCCGCCUCUUCCUGGCCUCCUCUCUGUCCCACUUCCUCAGGGACGCCCUGUCUGACGCACCCCUGGUCCCCGUCACCCUGUUCGGGCACCAUGAUGACGCAGAGCUUGCAGCAGGGGAUGCCAUGUCGGGCGUUGCCAGGGACGAUGGUGCUGAUGCCGGUGCGGAGAACUUCCUGACCCUGGAGGACAAAGGAAUGGAGAUGGACCAGGGACCUGAGGAACAUAUUGACAGACACCAGGACCCCAGUGAAGGGAGGCUGUUGAGGGAGAGGGGAGGAGUCCAGCAGCUCUCUGAGGAGGAGCAGAAGAAACAGAGGAAGGAGGAGGAGAGGGCCCAGACGGCAAACAUGUGGAGGUUACAUGACCUUUAUGAUACAGUCGGCGAGGACAAGCCUCUGAAAACAGGAAGAUGUUACAAGGUUCCUCCGGGUUUGGAUGAUUCUGGGAAGCGGAAAAGGAAAGGCCUCUCUGCGCUGCAAGACUUCUGGACCUGGUACACUGGCACCUAUGACCCCCAUGAACCCAGGCUAAAGAAUGGACCCACGUAUACAGACUUGAACUACAUCUAUAUGAGUCAAAUGAAAGACAAGCUGAAGACCCGGAAGAGGAUUCUUGGAAAAACAGGUGUGUUUGUGUCUGACGAGGAGCUGAGAAGGACGUAUCUGCAGCUGGACGAGAGAGAAGAGAGGGAGGAGGAGUUAGAGGGCCUCAGACACCACGACCUGCUAGGCCUGCUCGAUGACCUCUCUGACAACGAACAUGACCCUUUGACUGAUGAAGCCCCGGCUGACUUCCUGAGUGGACAGGACUUCGUACCAGGGGCAGACAUGGACGGACUGAGUUACGAAGACCUGGUGAAGAAGAGUGUGGAGCAGUUCCUAGUGAACUCCCAGGGUUAUGCCCAGGAGACGGCGCUGUCGAAAAGAGUGAAGGAAUGGGAGGAUAAAAUACGACCGGAACUCACCUAUCAGGAGGUGCGUGCUACCUUUGACAUCCAUGACUAUGGGGACAGGAUCGUAGCGGCUUUGAGCAGUGUGGGCCAGAGGAGGACCUUCUCCUCUAUAGUCCACGGCAUGGACAACUUCGAGGCCUGCAAGUACAUGUUGGCUUCCCUUCAACUGGCCAACGACUACACAGUGGAGAUCGACAGGAGUGAGGGUCUCGAGGAAAGCAUUGACACCAUGGGACUCACUCUGCUCAGCAAACACCGGGCCAACCAACGAUUCAAGAAAGCCCCUGCAGCAACCUCCGACCCUAUAUGACCCAGACAUCUCAUGAUCUUGUGUGUGUGUGUGUGUGUGUGUGUGCUCUUGCCUCCUACUGACUCCGUGGGGACUAGAGACCCAUUACUCUGAAACGUGGUACGCACUCCUGUGUGUGACACCACUUGUGCCUACCGGACCACUGGUACUGACCUGCUCUAUCAACAACCUGGCUGCACCUAUUCUCUCCUCACGUACUUGCUCUUUAAUUUCAACCCCCUGUCUAUUGUUUGAUCUAAGGUGUCUCUGUCCUCU